AUGGCACUAGAGUUAGAGCGAGGAGAGCGCAACUUCCGCCAAUAUUGGGAUGUGCAGAAGGGUCGCAAAGCUUCAACAAUUAGUGGUAGUGGAGGAGGUAGUCAGAAGAAACCAAGGACUGAGUUUCAAGGCUUAAGGGGCCAGAAGGUUGAUCAAGGCAAAGGUUCGGGGCCAAGGGAUGGUAAGAUUGUGUGUUUCAAGUGCGGCAAAGAGGGCCAUAAGAAGAGUCAGUGCCCUAUCAUGGGAGUCAGGUGUUAUGGGUGUGGUAUGGUUGGGCAUAGGAAAUAUGAGUGCCCACGAGGUGGCAGAGCUUCAGAGCAGUCACAGGCACCAGGUUUGCCACCACCAGCUCUUCCUUCUACUGUUCCGUCAGGAGGAAGGGGGCGGGGUGGGGCUAAGCAGCAGACAGCAUUGACUCAUGGAAGAGCAUAUGCAUUAGGACACCAUGAAACAUCUGAGCAUCCUAACUUCAUUGGAGUGGACACUCCUUUUGGGCAUUUCACCUCAUUGGAGGGUGUAGUUAUUGAUUGUGUGUGCCGGUUUGGUAGUGAAGCUCUAAAGGCUGAUUUGUAUGUCUUAGACUUCAAGGAUUUUGAUGUAAUCCUUGGAGUAGAUUGGUUAACCAAACAUCAUGCAUUGAUGGACUUUUGGGAAAGGAAAGUCACUCUUAAUGAUCACGAGUUUGAUUACGUCGGCACCUAG